AUGGUCCUCGAAACCAAGCAGCCGAUACUAGACCAGAUGAAGAAAGCUAAGGAGGCGAAACCGCCGACCAGCCCCCUGAUCUUACAGCUGCUGAUCCCUAAAGGGAUGGCACAGAGCACCUUUCAGCUGCCUGUGGUGGACGCUGGAACCCGCGAGUUCUUGCCGCUGGACGAGGAGGUCAACAGACGGCUGUUGAAGCAAAUCGACUGGUCGCCGCCCGGCUCUGAGCCUCUAACAAGAGGGCUCCGCCCUUUGAAGACAAGGCUGUUCGCGAUGAGGGCAAAGGGAGAUGGGAACUGUCUGCCUCACGCUGUUUCACUGUCGCUGUGGGGCCAUGGAGACAACACGCUGGUGAGCGGUGUGUUCAUCGAGAUGUGCGGAGAGGGAAUGGAGAACUGAUCAUCCGUUGUUUGUCUCAGUUGGGAGACCGUUUGACUACGCCCACCUACCGAGAGACAACAGGUGUUGGCACCUUUCCCCAUUCUACUCUACAAGCCUACUUUCGCUUGUCACGUCACGCCAUGGCUUCCUGUGCAUGGCUUCCUGUGCCAGGAAGCUUGUUGCGGGCCCGCGUCUGUGUGGCUUUGCGUGCUAUGUAGGAGGCCUACACCUCGUCAAUCUCUCCUGAAUUCCCUCCGUCCGCUGUACCAGGUACUACGGUCGUUGUUGAAGGAAGUCUUCCAGGACAGGCCCAGCGAGGCUAUCUUGUUUUCCGUUUGGUGCAAGGAGCAAAAGCGGGUAAACGAGGCGGCCGGAGGAAGCGCCUCCAUCAAAAUGACAGCCGGCGAGUUGCAGGCGGAAUGGCGCAUGCUCAUGGAGGCAGUCAAGACGCCGUCAGCCCACCUCUCCUCUUUCCACGUCUUCGUGUUCGCCCACGUCCUACGACGCCCGAUAGUGGUCUACGGGGAAACAUAUGUUUACGGUGCCAACAACAGCGAGGCGUUUGUUCCGUCUGACAUGCCCGGGAUCUACCUCCCGACUUUGCAGCACCAAGACAAGUGCUACAAGUCAGCGAUUGCGGUGGCUUACACCUGCCCCGUUGUCGGUAGGGCUGGCCACUUUUCUCCUCUCGUCGGGAUG